AUGAAAGCAGUGCUAAUCCUGUUGGCCCUUGUGGGAUUCACACUAGAGGGUCUCAUCUAUCAAACACCGUUGAGGAAGAUCGAAAGCGUUCGAAUGAGGAUGCUCAGAAAUGGGAAAUGGGCGGAACGUCUGAAGGUGAAGAACGCCAUGAGAACUAAACUGGCACAAAAUAAAGACGUUCAUUCACAAAAGGUCAGUUUGAACACUAUGGCUUCGUUUCAUCACAGAAAAUGCGACAAUCGCAUUGAAGUCCACGAUUACGACGAUGCUGAAUAUCUCGGCGACAUCACAAUUGGAACACCUCCGCAACCAUUCAUGGUUGUCCUAGAUACUGGUAGCUCGAAUCUGUGGAUUCCAGACGAAACAUGCUUCUUCCCAGCUGGAGUUUGCAACCAGCCGAAGUGUGCUGCUGGAUUGAUUUGCAAGGUGUUUUGUCCAGAAGAGCAAUGCUGCCAAAGAAAAAUAACGAGCGAUGGCAAAUUCAAUCCUUGCAAAAGAAAAAAACUACUUCAGUUCAACAAAAUCCACCACCUACGCUGA